UUCCCUUCGCUCCUCCCGCGCGCGCUGUCUGGCUGGCUUUUGCGGCUCGCUCUCGGGGCUGAGUGGCCGGCUGGGGGAGAGGCGGCUGCGCAUGCACGUGGAGGCCAGCUAAAGCCCACCCACCAUUACCCACCUUCCUGGUUCAUUCUUGGCUUGUUUGGUGUCCUGGGUGGGUACCAUGGAUAACGAGCAGCUGCAAGCCCCUCCUCCUUCCAGCGGCGCUGGCGCCAUGACAACCACAACCACCACUACCAGCAACGGGCGCCAGACUGGGCCUCAGAUCUCCGUGUACAGUGGGAUCCCCGAUCGCCAAACCGUUCAGGUGAUCCAGCAGGCCUUGCACCGGCAGCCCAACACAGCAGCCCAGUACCUCCAGCAAAUGUAUGCCGCCCAGCAGCAGCACCUGAUGCUCCAGACGGCCGCCCUGCAGCAUCAGCACCUCAGCAGCACCCAGCUCCAGAGCUUGGCUGCGGUCCAGCAGGCCAGCCUGGCAGCCAACAGGCAGAACGGCUCCUCUAGCAGCAAUGGCUCUGCACAGACGACGCCUCAGCAGCCCACGAUAAACCUGGCCGCAUCCCCUGCUGCCGCCCAGCUUAUCAACCGGGCUCAGAGCGUGAACUCGGCAGCCGCAGCCUCUGGCAUCGCCCAACAAGCUGUCCUGUUGGGCAACGCGAGCAACCCUGCCCUGACUGCCAGCCAGGCCCAGAUGUACCUGCGGGCACAGAUGGCUCAGCAGAGCAACCUUGUGCAAGUAGCUAGGAGCCUAGGCCGUGCUGUUCCUUUGUCCCCCCAGCUCAUCUUCACGCCCACAGCCACGGUCGCUGCGGUGCAGCAGGAGGGCGCCACCCCCACCACUCAGCCAUCCACCACCACUGCUCAGGUACAGAACUCAGCUCUGCGUAACCAGCAGACGGUGACUCAGGGGCUGACUUCCUCACCCGGCCAACAGCUCCCUACUUUGGCCAUGAAGCCUGCCCCAGCCAACAAUGGCAACCCUUCUGCUUCUUUGGUCUCUCAGGGCAAGGCUGCAGGGCUGGCCCCUGGCACCAAAGGGGGCUUGCCUGAACAUGCGCAGGAACAGCUUCGAAAAGGAGAAGGGGGCGGUGGAGGGGGCAGCAGUGGAGCUGCCGGCAGUUCAGAUGGCCGGGGGAACACUGCCACCCGGACAGUGACACCUGUCACAACUCACCCGCUCAUCGCCCCAGCCUACUCUCCCCUGCAAGCCCACCAGCUUGUCCAGCAGAAGCCGAUGCAGCACCAGUUUGUGAUCCAACAGCAGCAGCUCCAACCCCGGCCUCAGCUGCACCCACCGCAGCUCCAACCUCUGCCCGCUCCUGGCCUCGUCCCAUCUCCCGGCCUGCAAGCCCAAGCCCACUCGCAAAGCCAGCCUCCGCCUGCUCACCAGCCACAGUGCCAAGCCUCCGGACAGCACAAGCCCGGCCCCAACCAGGCAUCCCAACACUCAGCGCAUCCUUCCGGACCCCAGGCAGUGGGGCAGCAGAGGACAGAGGGCAGCCCCCCCGGCCGCCCGGCCGGCUGCCUCAAUCACAUGGCUCAGCGCAAAUUCCAACACGCUUCGGCAGUCAUUCUGCAGCUACAGCCCUCUGCGGGGACGCCCCAGGAAAAUUCCAGGAAAGAAGCCUUCACUGGUGAGAAGUCCUCAGCAGAGCCCCAGGCAGGGCAGCCGCCUCAGCUGCUCCAGGCCACCUCCACACCGCCAUCAGCUCCUCCUGAAACACAGGCCUCUGAGUGUACCGGGGCACCAUCCAAUGAGGCUGGACGGGACCGCGUUCACACGCCACCAGACACCAGCAGCCCCGGCAUGACCUCGGGGAACGGGAACUCUGCCUCCACCGUCACCGGCACUGCCCCCCAGAACGGUGAGAACAAGCCUCCCCAAGCCGUCGUGAAGCCGCAGAUCUUGACCCACGUCAUCGAGGGGUUUGUGAUCCAAGAAGGGGCUGAGCCAUUCCCGGGUAAAAGCCACAGGGGGGCGGGGUUACCCCACAAGCCACCACUUGGCGACCCUCUGACGAUUCCGCCUCGCCCAUCUCUGUCCUCUUGCCAGGUGGGGCGCUCUUCGCUGCUCGUGGGGAACCUCAAGAAGAAAUAUGCCCAAGGCCUCCUGGCCGAGAAACCCCAGCAGCAAGACAACACCACCACCACCGACUCCGAAAUGGAGGAACCCUAUUUGCAAGAAUCCAAAGAGGAGGGGUCACCCCCGAAGCUGAAAUGCGAGCUCUGCGGGCGCCUCGACUUUGCGUACAAGUUCAAGCGAUCCAAGCGCUUUUGUUCCAUGGCAUGUGCCAAGAGGUACAAUGUGGGGUGUACAAAGCGAGUGGGGCUCUUCCAUCCCGACCGCAGCAAGCUCCAGAAGCCCAGCACACCUUCCCACGGCCGACGUCGGACCAGCAAGAGCACCCUCCCACCUCUCAGCAAAGAAAACAAGAAGCAGGCACCAGCCUCGCUAACCCCCAGCUCCGGGCCCAUCUCCGUCACUGGCUCCCUGCAGCUCAGCCACGCCCAGGAGGACUCGAGCCGCUGCUCGGACAACUCCAGCUACGAAGAGCCCCUCUCCCCUCUCUCAGCCAGUUCGUCUGCCUCUCGCCGGCGUCAGGGGGAGCGAGACAUAGAGUUGCCCGACAUGCAUGUCCGGGACCUAGUGGGCAUUGGGCACCAUUUCCUGCCCAGCGAGCCCACCAAGUGGAAUGUGGAAGAUGUCUAUGAGUUCAUCCGCUCCUUGCCAGGUUGCCAAGAAAUCGCGGAGGAGUUCCGUGCGCAGGAGAUCGACGGGCAGGCACUGCUGCUGCUCAAGGAGGACCACCUCAUGAGCGCCAUGAACAUCAAGCUGGGCCCCGCCCUCAAAAUCUACGCUCGCAUCUGCAUGCUGAAGGACUCCUAGAAGCGUCUGACCCAUCGUGCCUUCCUUGCAGGGAUGCUUUUAUUUUUUGGUGGGGUUUUUUUUGGAGAUCACACAGACUUUGACUGGCUUGGUUCUCUCCCCCUCCCCCCUUUCUGCACCAUAUCUUGAGCACAAGCCACCCCUCCCCCACUGACGGGAGGCGGGGAGAGACGAACCCCUGCAUCUGUUUUGGAUCAGGGCGUCUGGAAGAUGAGGCUGUGGGGCUGUACAUAAGACGUAGCUUUAGCUUCCCUUUCUGCCUGCCCCCCCUCCCCAAAUUGGGGGGUGGGAAGGGACCUCCUUCACACCGGUUGCUGAAUCUCCUGUUGCCAGGUGGCACCAAUACUUUCCCUUUGGACUGGACAGAACCCUACUUGAAACCUCAAAGCCAAACAGGACAGUUGCCUUAAAUUUGUUAGGGAUGUGUGCGCGCGUGUGCGUUAAGUGUGGUUGUGUUGCCACCUAGUGCCCUCUCCCGCCCUCUCCUGUUCCCCCGACAGCUCAUUCGGUUUCUAGUCUCUGGCCAGUUUUUCUUAGCAGCCGAAGGGGUGCGUUUAUGGGGUCGGGGGUGUGUUUCUGUCUGCCCUGUGCUUUCCAGUGGGGAUCUCCUCCCCUUCCAAGUGUUUGGCAGAGCUGCUGCAGGCAUGGAGGGGGAGGUCGCUUCCCCUCCCCGUUCCUCUUCGGGGAGAGGCCGCACAGACGACCACAAGGAUCAGCUUGGCUGCUCGGGAGUUCCGUCAAGGCUGCAGGUCUUCCUAGGAGGGGUUUCCAUGUUCAGCCUGUGGUGGGGGGGGGGAGUUCUGCAUGCGGCUUACAGACCCUUCUAUGCCAGCUCGAGCACCAAUUCCCGUCACCGAGACACGAGGCAGGGAGCAGGAGGAGCUGGUUCUCUCUCUGGAAGAUGGGGCUGGCCUCGAGCGGAGCAGCUCUCCACGGGCGAUUGCGGGGAGGAAAAGAUGGGGCAGAAGGGGGGGCAGCAGCUGAGCUGCUUGUCCCCCCUCAAUGGUUUGUAUGGGGGGAGAGUGUGGCAGCCCCUCCCUCCCCCAUCCCUUGGUGCUGGCCACUCACUGCAGCCUCGGGGGGCUGAAAACGAAGGACUUUCUACUUCCCCCUCCCUUUUGUUGGUUUUUAAUAAACUCCUUUUAAAAGAAA